AUGGAGCGGGGCCUCGCCCUCCUGCUGCCUGUCUUCCUGGGGCUCCUCCAGCGAGGCCGGGGUGGGCCGCUGGAGGUGGAGCCCCCAGACUCCGUGGUGGCCGUGUCCUUGGGCGGCUCGCGGCAGCUCACCUGCCGGCUGUCGUGCGCCGACCGCAGGGCCCCGUCGGUGCAGUGGCGGGGCCUGGACACCAGCCUGGGCUCCGUGCGGUCGGACGGAGGCAGCAGCGUCCUCUCCGUGCACAAUGCGUCGCUGUCGGCGGCCGGCACCCACGUGUGCGUGGGCUCCUGCGGGAACCUCACCCUCCAGCGGACUGUGCAGCUGCUGGUGUUCGCAUUCCCAGACCAGCUGACUGUGUCCCCAGUGGCCCUGGUGGCAAUGCAGGACCGGGAGGUGGCCUGCACGGCCCACAACGUCACACCUGCCAGCCCCGAGGCCCUCUCCUUGUCCCUGCUCCUGGGGGACCGGGAGCUGGGGGAGGCCCUGAGCCGGGAGGUGGAGGAGGAGCCACAGCAGGGGGAGGACCUGCUGUUCCGGGUGACGGGGCGCUGGCUGGUGCCCUCCCUGGACACCCCCACCCCACCCGCCCUCCACUGCCGGGCAACCAUGACGCUGCCCGGCGUGCAGCUGAGUCACCAGCGGGCUAUUCCAGUCCUGCGCAGCCUGACCUCCCGGGAGCCCCCCAGCACGACCUCCCCCGAGGCCACCCUAGAGCUGAGCUCCACCCGCAGCUCCGAGAGUCCUGCACCCCCGGCCGGGAACAGCUCCGCCAGGCCCUGCCGCCCCAAGAUCCACCAGUCACCCGCAGCAGGGGGUCUGGAGCUGCUGUGUGAGGCGGCCUGCGGCCCCGGGGUGGCUGUGGGCUGGACGCAGGCGCCCGGGGGGCUGGAGGCCUACCAGAGGUGGGAGGCCGGGGCCCAGGCUUGGCUGAGCGUGCCCCGGGCAGGGUGCGGCCCUGAAGGCUGGUUCCAGUGUCGCCUGGACCCAGGGGGACAGAUGGCCAGCCUGUACCUGGUCGCGGAAGUCUGCUCCCCGCCAGCGCCCCCAGCCCUGUGGACGGGCAGCUUGGUGCUGGGGCUGCUCCUCCUGGCGCUCCUCGCCUACCGCCUGCGGAAGCGCUGCAGGCCCGCCCGGUGA